CCUGCAGCCCGCCUCCCGCCCCGCUUCCCUUGUUUUCAUUCCCCUUGUCACACGAGGCAGCGGCGAUGCGAAGUGGGAGGGGAGACGUGGAGGGAGGGGAGGGGAGGGAAGAGGGCGGAAAGUGAAAGGCACGGAGCGCCUCUCUGUCCCCCGUCCGGCUCGCCUCUCGACUGCUCCGGCUCGCCGAGGUAUUGUGGGAUCGCGGCGCCGUUCCCUGAGACGCUGGGAUCCGCAGGGGAGCCCCCCUCGAGAGCGCCUCCUGUCGUCCGCAAGGCUGCCCUGCCAUUCCCGGGCACCCCGACUCCCCCCACCCCUCCAUCGCCGCCUCCUCCAUCCUCCAGUUCAAAAUGGCGACGGCGGCGGCAGCGGCAGCGGCGGCGGCGGCGAUGGCUCCUCCGGGCUGCCCAGGUUCGUGCCCCAACUUCGCCGUGGUCUGCUCCUUCUUGGAGCGCUACGGGCCGCUGCUGGACCUGCCUGAGCUGCCGUUCCCCGAGCUGGAGCGGGUGCUGCAGGCGCCGCCGCCGGACGUCGGCCACGGAGAAGUACCAAAGGAAUUGGUGGAACUCCAUUUGAAGUUGAUGAGGAAGAUUGGCAAAUCUGUUACAGCAGACAGAUGGGAAAAAUAUUUGAUCAAGAUAUGCCAAGAAUUUAACAGCACCUGGGCUUGGGAGAUGGAGAAGAAGGGCUAUCUUGAAAUGAGUGUUGAAUGUAAAUUAGCACUCUUAAAGUAUCUCUGCGAGUGUCAGUUUGAUGACAAUCUUAAAUUCAAGAACAUUAUUAAUGAGGAGGAUGCUGAUACUAUGCGUCUCCAACCAAUUGGGCGAGACAAAGAUGGCCUAAUGUACUGGUACCAGUUGGAUCAGGAUCACAAUGUCAGAAUGUACAUAGAAGAACAAGAUGAUCAAGAUGGCUCUUCAUGGAAAUGCAUUGUCAGAAAUCGAAACGAAUUGGCUGAGACCCUUGCACUGCUGAAAGCACAGAUUGAUCCUGUACUGUUGAAAAACUCUAGCCAGCAGGACACCUCUUCCCGGGAGAGUCCCAGCCUAGAGGAUGAGGAGACUAAAAAGGAGGAAGAAACACCUAAACAAGAGGAACAGAAGGAAGGCGGAAAGAUGAGAGGUGAAGAGCAGCCGGCAAAACCAGAAAACCAUCCUGCUACCAAUAUUGUAGAGGAGACUACUGUGAAAAUAGAUAGGGAAGAUGAAAAGGAUCUUGUGAAACUGCCAGUUAUAGUCAAGCUAGAAAAAUCUCCGCCAGAAGUUGAAGAAAAAAAAAUGAUCAAAGAAGAAAGUGAUUCUUUCAAGGAAAAUGUCAAACCCAUGAAAGUUGAAAUAAAUGACUCCAGAGCAGACCCUAAAGAUACCAAAGGCAACCCAGAGAAGCUGGUGCCACAGGAGCCUGAGAGGUUCGAAUUCAGUUGUAACGUUAAGUGUUCUCAAGACAUUACAGAGAAAUCUCCUGAGGAGACAGAGAAGCUUAAAAAUGACCAGCAGGCCAAGAUACCACUAAAAAAAAGAGAAAUCAAACUGAGUGAUGACUUUGACAGUCCAGUGAAAGGAACUUUGUGUAAAUCCGUUACUCCAACAAAAGAGUUUUUGAAAGAUGAAAUAAAACAGGAAGAGGAGACUUGUAAAAGGGUUUCUACAAUCACCACUCUGUGUCAUGAAGGGAAGCAAAUGGUAAAUGGAGAAGUGAGUGAUGAAAAGGUGACUGCAAAUGUUAAGGCAGAGCACAUUGAAGCCAAGUUCUGUGAAACAAAGGAAGAUGUGCACAGUAGCCCCUCUAAGGACAGAAGUGUCAUCAUGGAGGGAAAUGGAACAGAGACUCUAAGUUCUGUCAUCACCAAUAUGAAAACAGGAGAGCAAGAGAAAGAAGGGGCCCCUGCAGGAAAAGACACAGGAGGUGCCAUUGCAGCCCCAGAGACCCAGAAUCAAAAAGGGCAAAUAAAAGAGCCUGGUCAGCCGGCAAUGGAAACCUCUCUUGAGUCUUCCGAGUUGGCAAAAGCUCUCUCUGUAACAGCUGCUUUAUCUACCACUGAGUCAUGUACCACAAAAGCGGAAGACAGGUCUCUUAAGGCUAAGACAGAUACCCGUCCACCUGUCAUGGAGUGUCUUGAAAAGUCAGAGAAGUUCAAAAGGACUCUUCUUGAUAAGGAUUUGCAGAGACUGAGUCCUAUACCAGAGGAAGUUCCGAGGAGUACUCUAGAAUCAGAAAAACUGGGCUCUCCAGGCAAAGCUGAAACUUCACCAUCUGAGGCCACAUCACACUGUGACCAAAUAGCCCUUGAAAAUCAAGGGGCAGAAAGCCAGAAUACAAAUCCUGUUGGGGGUUGUUCUCUGGAAAAGACAGAUGCUCUUAAAGAGGUUUCAGAAUCCAUGAAGGUGGAAAUGGAUAAUCCGGACAAUGCCCAGACCUCUGGCAUAGAGGAGCCUUCUGAACCGAAAGGUUCUAUGCAUAAAAGCAAAUUCAAGUAUAAGUUGGUUCCUGAAGAAGAAAACAGUGCCACAGAAAAUACAGAGAUAACCUCUGAAAGGCAGAAAGAGGGCAUCAAGUUAACAAUUAGGAUAUCAAGUCGAAAGAAGAAGACGGAGUCUCCUCCCAAAAUUCUAGAACUAGGACAAAAGCAAGAGAAGACAGAAAAGGAAGAAGAGAAGGCAAAUAUGGGUCGUACGUUAAGGAGGUCUCCAAGAAUAUCUAGGCCUACAGCAAAAGUGGCCGAAAUCAGGGACCAGAAAGCUGAUAAAAAAAGAGGGGAGGGAGAAGAUGAAGUAGAAGAAGAGUCAGCAGCUUCACAAAAACCAGACAGAAAAGAAAACCAGAAAAAAAUGGAGAAAGAUACAAAUUCUAAAAUAAGCAAGGUAAAACCGAAAGGCAAAGUUCGAUGGACUGGUUCGCGGACACGCGGCAGGUGGAAAUAUUCCAGCAAUGAUGAGAGUGAAGGGUCUGACAGUGAAAAGUCAUCUGCAGCUUCAGAAGAGGAAGAGGAGAAGGAGAGUGAAGAAGCCAUUGUUGCAGAUGAUGAUGAACCAUGCAAAAAGUGUGGCCUCCCAAACCAUCCUGAACUCAUCCUCCUGUGUGACUCCUGUGACAGUGGAUACCACACCGCUUGUCUUCGCCCUCCUCUGAUGAUCAUCCCUGACGGAGAGUGGUUCUGCCCGCCUUGCCAACAUAAACUCUUGUGUGAAAAAUUAGAGGAACAGUUGCAAGAUUUGGAUGUGGCCUUAAAGAAGAAGGAGCGUGCUGAACGAAGGAAAGAACGCUUGGUGUAUGUUGGUAUCAGUAUUGAAAACAUCAUUCCUCCACAGGAACCAGAUUUUUCUGAAGAUCAAGAAGAAAAGAAAAAAGAUUCCAAAAAGACCAAAGUUAAUUUACUGGAAAGGAGGUCAACAAGAACACGGAAAUGUAUAAGUUACAGGUUUGAUGAGUUUGAUGAAGCAAUUGAUGAAGCUAUAGAAGAUGAUAUCAAAGAGGCUGAUGGAGGAGGUAGGUUUGGCCGGGGAAAAGAUAUAUCUACCAUUACAGGUCACCGUGGGAAAGACAUCUCUACAAUUCUGGAUGAAGAAAGAAAAGAAAAUAAGCGACCCCAGAGGGCAGCAGCUGCUCGUCGGAAGAAACGCCGGCGACUGAACGACCUCGACAGCGACAGCAACCUGGAUGAAGAGGAGAGUGAGGAUGAAUUCAAGAUCAGUGACGGAUCUCAAGAUGAGUUUGUUGUGUCUGAUGAAAACCCAGAUGAAAGUGAGGAAGACCCACCAUCUAAUGAUGACAGUGACACUGAUUUCUGCAGCCGUAGACUGAGGAGACACUCCUCACGGCCAAUGAGGCAAAGUAGGCGCUUGCGGAGAAAGAUCCCAAAGAAAAAAUACUCUGAUGAUGAUGAAGAGGAGGAAUCUGAGGAGAACAGUAGAGACUCUGAAAGUGACUUUAGCGACGAUUUUAGUGAUGAUUUUGUGGAAACUCGGCGAAGGCGGUCAAGGAGGAACCAGAAGAGACAAAUUAACUACAAAGAAGAUUCAGAAAGUGACGGUUCCCAGAAAAGUAUACGACGUGGCAAAGAAAUCAGGCGAAUUCACAAACGCCGACUUUCCAGCUCAGAAAGUGAAGAGAGCUAUAUGUCCAAGAACUCUGAAGAUGGUGAGCUAGCUAAAGGAUCAAAGCGCUCAGCUCGAAAGCGAGGCCGAAGUACAGAUGAGUAUUCCGAAGCAGAGGAAGAUGAGGAAGAGGAAGGCAGACCAUCCCGCAAACGGCUGCACAGAAUUGAGACAGAUGAGGAGGAGAAUUGUGACAAUGCUCACGGAGCUGCCGAGCCCCCUGCCCGCGCUGGCCAGUCCAGGAUCCUUCCCUCAGAACACGAGGGCACCAAGAAGCCCUACCGGAUAGAAAGUGACGGGGAAGAGGACUUCGAAAACGUGGGCAAAGUUGGGAGCCCACUGGACUAUAGCUUAGUGGACUUGCCUUCCACUAAUGGACAGAGUCCUGGCAAAGCCAUUGAGAACUUGAUUGGUAAGCCAGCUGAGAAGCCUCUGACCCCCAAGGACAACAGUACAGCCAGUGCAAGCCUGGCCCCCAAUGGGACGAGUGGAGGGCAGGAGGCAGGGGCCCCGGAGGAAGAAGAAGAUGAGCUUUUGAGAGUGACUGACCUUGUUGAUUAUGUCUGUAACAGUGAACAGUUAUAAGACUUUUUUUUCCCAUUUUUAUGCUAAUUUAUUCCAUGGUAGCUCUCACACCAGCGGGCCAGUUAUUCAAAGCUGUUUAAUUUUCCUAGAAAACUCCUACGGAAUGACUUUUUAGAAGAAAAAUUUCAACAGACCUUGUAUUCUUUCUGUGAAAUGACCAGUUUCAAACUUUGAAGAUAAUUGCUGUAAAUUCCUUUUGAUUUUCUUUUUCCAAGUUCAUGGUCCUUGGUAAUUUCACUCAUGAAAAAAAAAUCUUAUUAUAAUAACAACAAAGAUUUGUAUAUUUUUGACUUUGUAUUUCCUGAGCUGUCCUGACUUUGUGGGGGAAAAAAAAAGGUGGAUAAGAAUGCAUUCCAAAUCUGUGAGGGCCCAAAACCGAAUUUAGGGGUGGGAGAAAGCACUUGUGCUUUAGCUUUUUCAUAUUAAAUAUAUAUUCUAUUUAAGCAUUCAUGGCAUAGGUGAUAGUGAACAGACUGAUCAAAAGUUCAAGUCUGUACUGUUGAGAAUUGUAGAUAACAUUCAUACAUAAGUCAUUUAAUAACAGCCUUCGUGAAAUCAACUUGUUUACUAUUGGAGAUAACCACGCUUAAUAAAGAAGAGACCAUGAAAGACCAUCAU